AUGCCCUGCCUGUCUUUUUUCUUCUUUGCUUUUGAGGCUCCGUGCCCCUCAGUGCAGCUGUCGCCACCCCAGCGCUGCCCCUCGGACGCCGCCAGCCUGUGCCAGCUGAGAGCCAAGGCAGCCUCCCACCCUGGUUCCCCGCCCACCUCCCGCCAUAAAGAGAGCCGGACAGCAGGCCAGAGCAGCAAGGGGACAAGACAGGAGGGAAAGAAAGAGAGAGGAGGGGAGCUCCAGGGCAACUUCUUUUUUCCCGCACGGGGGGAGGGGGCAGGAAAGACGACCGUUUCCCCCACUGGGAACUGCGACCCGAGCGUCUUUCAUUCUCCGCCGGACCUGCCCCGCAUCGGGAUGAAGUGGUUCGGGCUGCUGCUGGCGCUGCUGCUGGCUGCGGCGGGCCCCGGGGCCCGGGGUCAGGAAGGGCUGGAUUUCCCCGAGUACGACGGCAUCGACCGCGUCGUCGACGUCAACGCCAAGAACUACAAGUCGGUGCUGAAAAAGUUCAGCGUGCUGGCGCUGCUCUACCACGAGCCGGUGGGCGACGACAAGGCCUCGCAGAAGCAGUUCGAGCUGGAGGAACUGAUUUUAGAGGGCUGACGGAGGAGGACAGCGUGUACGUGUUCAAGGAGGAUGAGAUGAUCGAGUAUGACGGGGAGUUUGCGGCCGACACCCUGGUGGAGUUUCUCCUGGAUGUGCUGGAAGACCCGGUGGAGUUCAUCGAGGGAGACCGUGAGCUCCAGGCCUUUGAUAACAUUGAAGACGAGCCCAAGCUCAUCGGCUACUUCAAGAACGAGGAAUCAGAACAUUUCAAGGCCUUUGUGGAUGCCGCUGAGGAGUUCCACCCAUACAUCCCUUUCUUUGCAACCUUUGACAGCAAGGUGGCCAAGAAGCUGACCCUGAAGCUGAACGAGAUCGAUUACUACGAGCCGUUCAUGGACAAGCCCGUCACCAUCCCUGACAAGCCCAACAGCGAGGAGGAGAUCGUGCAGUUCAUCGAGGAGCACAAGAGGUCAACACUGAGGAAGCUGAAGCCAGACAGCAUGUAUGAGACCUGGCUGAUCCCAUACUGGGAGAAGACGUUCGAUAUCGACCUGUCCCAGCCCCAGAUUGGUGUGGUCAACGUUACAGAUGCUGACAGCAUCUGGAUGCAGAUGGACAACGAGGAGGACCUGCCAUCCGCAGAGGAGCUGGAGGACUGGCUCGAGGACGUGCUGGAGGGGGAGAUCAACACAGAGGAUGAUGACGACGACGACGACGAUGACGAUGACGACGACGAUGAUGACGAUUAGCUGCCUCUCUGUGGGCGUCCCCAGCCUGCCUGACACACAAGGCCAGGCCCUGCCCGGGUCGCACCCGUGCCACCCCACCGGGGGCUCAGGGGUGGGAGUGACGGGCCCGCGGCCGCGCCGGGGUGAAGAACGCCACCAGACUCUAACGAUAACGCCUUUUUAUAUGGAUCUGACCGCAGCCAACGUCCCCCGGCCCCACACUACCCCCUGCAGGACGCUGACUCCAGGGGGGAGACUGGGCCCCCUGGGGACGAAUCCCCCCCAAUAGAGUCCGUCUGCCCCCUCCCCCUCCAUCUCUGUCUGCAGCGGCCCAUCUGGAUUUUGAUCUCAGCAUGUGUGAGUCGGGAGCUGCCGGUCCCCUGCCCUGAGCGUCCCACUCCACCCUUGCAUGUCACGAGUACCUACUGGCCGCUCCCUUCCCCACGGUAGAGCUGGGAGAGUUUGCCCUUUCCCUGCCGAGGGGCAGGUGUUCACCCAGCCCGAGCCAAACAUCGAAGGGGGAGAGUUUCAAAAGCACCGGAAGAGCCCAAGUCCCGUCGGCUUUCAUUAUGCUCUUAAAUCCCUCCCCUGAAUUUGUGGAGGGGAAGUUACAGCUCAGCUGGAACGUUGUGGGUUAUAACUGAGUCCCUCCCCUCAUAAAAGCCAAAUGCCUGGAGCUAGAGGAGAAUCCCCAUUCUCUCUCAGCAUUAUAGGGCUCAUGACACACAGUAGAGCAGCUCCCGUCCCAACCACUAGAGGGCAACUGUGUCCUAUACAGACAUAGUCAGUCCAUUACAAAGCAUAAAUAAGCCUGCAGGCAAACUGAAGGCCAAAUCAGAGGAAAUCCGUCCCUUAAAAUUGCUGUUUGCUAACCUGAGAUAAAAAUCCAUUCUGCGUGUUUCCCCUCCUCCACCGGCAGCUCGUCCCUUUCCCAGUGUCCCGGUGUGGACUUUUAAUCAGCGAUCUCCACUGGUUUCAUCGCAGCACAACACACCCUUACCUCCUCCCACGGAACAACACGGCGCCACCCCACACACACACACACACACACACACACAUGCCCUCCCUCGCAGGGGGGCAGCCAAUGUACAAUUUGUAUAUUUUUAAACAACUUUGUACAGAUCAAUAUUGUAACAACCAACGUGAUUAAAAAUGAACAGU